CUAAUAACAUGAUAGAGGUUACCUUCAAGAUAGAACAACUAAGGAUCAAUUUAACCUAGUCAGUUAGCCCACAAUUAUAGAUUGUCUCGUACAUUCGUAGAAUAUUGUACACAAAUGGAAUGGACUCCAACAAUUGGGAAAACAUUUCAUGCUUUGUUACCUAUAAUAAUUAAGUCCAAGAUUGCAACAAAUCUUUCACUGAAGCAGGAGUAACAGAUCGAGGAGUUUUAUAAAUUAAGCUGUCCUUGAAAAUUAGUAUUGAGAUAGUUAAUAAAUAAUUGCCAUUUCAUGAUAACAAUGUUGAUGCAUUUGACAGUACUUAAAAAUUUAAAGAGUCUAUUAUUCGAAAUUACUUAAAGAGCACUUCUUAUGAAAUUGGCAUUAUCAAUGUACAAGAUGGGAAACAAUUAGAGAAAGAUACUUGGAUUUAGAAUGGCAUAGGAAAUUCUAUAUCUGUCUUAUUGAAUAUUUAAGUUAAGUAAAGUAUCAAAUGGAAGGGAGAGGUAAUAGACAUUAACUUUAACAUUUUUUCCCCCAUUUACAAAAUUAUUCAAAAUUUUAUGUACAAACUCAACAUCAAUGGCAUCAUUUCAUUUUAGAGUCAAAAUUCGUUCCUCAAACCAGAAUUAUCCUACUUCGAUAAUAAUCUCAACAUUGAUGCUGUAUGGCAAGCCAGUAUUCCCAAUGAAGUGAUUUAUAGAGUCCUCCAUUAAAAAUAAUCAAGAGAAAAACAAAUAAUCUUUAACAAAGACUAAUAAAUUUAUUAGAUAAUUAAGCAAUUAAGGAAAGAAUUUGAUAUCAAAAGCUCAAAUAAAAUCACAUUGAUGUAUCACUGGCCUCUGGAUCAAUUUGCUACUGUUGCUUAAGAAGCCAUACCAAAUUUUAGUUUGCUGAAAUUGGUGGAGGAAGAUUAAAAAGGAGAAAAACUUCAAAUAAUUUUAUAACCGGUUCAAGGGAGUUCACAUGAACUUCCUUAGAUUUAAUAUAUAGGAUAUGACACAUCACUUGAAUAUUUAGUCGAUAAAAUUUCCCAUACAUAGAAUGAAGAUGUCUACCUUUAUUUGGAAACACCUGAAUCACAGUUGUCGCUAAAAUAAACACUGGAAUAAUAAAAUGGCUAUUACGGUUGUACUAUAUUGUAUAAAAUUGUUUAAAAAUAACAAAAUCCUAAAAUAAAAGCAGUUCAAGGGUAAGCAAUAACAAAAAAGUUUGGUGUUCUAAUUGUUAAUCUCAACCUAGUUAUCAAUGUUGACAUUGUUAUAGAAAAAAAUGAUCUUGAGGCACUGGCUGGAGUAUUGAGAUACAAAUUAAGCAUGACUAAAAACUAAGUAAUUUUAUUUUCCUUGGGUACCACAUUAUUUUAAGAAAAUUUGAGGCUCGAUGAAAUAAUGGGUGGCAACUUUGAAUUCUUGCAAGCACUGUUAUCUACAAAUUUACAAAUUAAUUUCAAAAACAGCAAAACGGAAUAAGUGACUUUACUUACAGUGAAUUUGGAAGACACUCUUAGAAAAGUUAAUUAGAAACAAAAAAUGGAUGCUUAAUACUCAUUUGGAGGUAAAUAAUUGGGUCUAGAUGAAACCUUUGCUUAAUUACGAGUUCAUAAUAAUUGUAUGAUUUUAUAUGAACUAAAAACGACUCCACAGGUAGAAAGUGCAAUCAAUAAUUCUGAGAGCUAGUAACCGAGUUAUUUAAACGAUACACUGCAUGAACCUUCUGUCUCUAUAAAAAUUGAUGUUCAGAAUCAAAAUUAGAAAUAAAGGAUAGAUGAAUAAAUAUCUAAUUAAGUUUAGCGAGAUGCGCUUAGUGACAACAAUAGAGAUUUGAUCACAGUCAAGACCUCUGUUGGCGAGAAAUUAUAUAGAUGUAGGGUGAAAGGAAGUUUGACUUGUGAAGAACUCAAAAAGUUCAUCUAUGAUUUAGCAAUUUAAGGAGACCCAUUAAACAUUAAGUAGUAUAAUCUUCUUUAAGGGGACAUAGUUCUAAGGGAUGAUCAAACAAUUUCUUCAUUAAAUUAGAAGGAAGUUGAAAUGCAAUUCAAAUUAAAGUGAUACAUUGUUUGAUUUAUUGAUAUUAUAGUAUAAG